UCUGGCCUCAUCUAGGAAGGCUGAGGAAUGCAUGACUCUACGGCUCCUCUCCUAGAGGAUUUGUGCAGGGGAGAAGUCUUUCCCAGCUUCUCACCGGAACAGCCUACAUAGAUCAGGAGAACGUAGAAAUAAAGUGUGUCACUUGUUGCUGAGAAGGUGGUGGAGCUUCUCUAGGUCACACAGCUGGUGCAAAGCCUGGAGAAGUUUCCUGUCUUCCUGCCUUCCUGUUUAGUCGUUCUUUCCACAGUGCUGCAUCUUGACUUAGAUGGUAUCUUUGACCCUAUGCAUCCCUCCCUCCCCAGAGCCCAAGGUGGUGUUUGCCAAGGAGCAGCCAGCACGCAGUGAAGUGCAGGCCGUGGCGGGGUCCAGUGCCACGCUGAGCUGCGAGGUGGCCCAGGCCCAGACGGAGGUGACGUGGUACAAGGAUGGAAAGAAGCUGAGUUCGAGCUCGAAAGUGCGUGUGGAAGCCAAGGGCUGCACCCGGCAGCUGGUGGUGCAGCAGGCAGGGAAGGUGGAUGCUGGAGUGUACAGCUGUGAAGCUAGGGGCCAGAGGGUCUCCUUUCACCUGGAUGUCACAGAGCCUAUGGUGGUGUUUGCCAAGGAGCAGCCGGCACGCAGUGAAGUGCAGGCCGUGGCGGGGGCCAGUGCCACGCUGAGCUGCGAGGUGGCCCAGGCCCAGACGGAGGCGACGUGGUACAAGAACAGGAAGAAGCUGAGUUCGAGCUCAAGAGUGCGUGUGGAGGCCACGGGCUGCACCCGGAGGCUGGUGGUGCAGCAGGCGGGCAAGGCAGACGCCGGGGAGUACAGCUGCGAGGCCGGGGGCCAGAGGGUCUCCUUCCACCUGGAUGUCACAGAGCCGGAACUUGAGCCCCCGACCCUGGAGAGACCCAGACGCAGGGAACCUCUGGUGGUCAGGGAACACGAGGACAUCGUCCUGACAGCCACGCUGGCCGCACCCUCUGUGGCCGCAGUGACUUGGCUCAAGGAUGGUGUGGAGAUUCGCAGCAGCAAGCGGCACGAGACGGCCAGCCUGGGGGACACCCACACCCUGACGGUGCGUGGCGUGCAGAUCCUGGACAGUGCCGUCUACUGCUGCCGCCUGGGCGCAGAGGAGCAGGACUUCCUGGUGCAAGUGGAAGAGGUGGCUGCCAAGUUCUGCCGUCCCCUGGAGCCCGUGAGCGGGGAGCUGGGCGGCACAGUGAAGCUGGUCUGCGAGCUGAGCCCGGCACAGGCCCAGGUGGUGUGGCGCCGUGGGAACACGCAACUCCGGGCCGGCAAACGCUUCCAGAUGGCGGCUGCGGGACUUCAGCGCUCGCUCACUGUGUCGGACCUGCGGGCGGAAGAUGCGGGGGAGUACGUGUGCGAGAGCCGCGACGACCACACCAGCGCCAUGCUCACCGUGAGCGUCCCCCGCGUGGUCAAGUUCACGUCUGGGCUGAGCGCAGUGGUUGCGGAGGAGGGCUGCGAGGCCACCUUCCAGUGCGUGGUGACUCCCAGCGACGUGGCGGUGACGUGGUUCCGGGAUGACGUCAAGCUACAGUCCAGCGAGAAGUUUCUCAUAUCGCAGAAGGGUGCCAGCCACAGCCUGACUAUCCUGGGCCUGGCCCUGGAGGAUGCCGGCCAGAUCACCGCGGAGGCUGAGGGCAUCAAGACCGUGGCUGCCCUCCGGGUCCGAGAGGCCCCAGUGUUGUUCAAAAAAAAGCUGGAGCCACAGACUGUGGAAGAGUGGAGCUCGGUGACCAUGGAGGUGGAGCUGACGCGGCCAUGGCCGGAGGUCAAGUGGACACGCAACGCCGCGGCCCUGGUGGCAGGCGAGAAUGUGGAGAUACACGCCGAGGGCUCAAGUCACCGCUUGGUUCUCCGCAGUGUGGGUUUCGCUGACCGUGGUUUCUACGGCUGCGAGACAGCAGAUGAUAAGACGCAGGCCAAGCUGACUGUGGAAAUGCGCCAGGUCCGGCUUGUGCGGGGCCUGCAGACAGUGGAGGUGCUGGAGCAGGGCACAGCCACAAUGGAAGUAGAGCUGUCUCAUGCUGAUGUGGAGGGCAGCUGGACUCGAGAUGGCCUUCGGCUCCAGCCGGGACCCACGUGCCAGCUGGUGGUGCACGGCCCCACCCAUAUCCUUACGCUGUCUGGGCUGCAGAGGCAGGACAGUGGCCUGGUUUCCUUCAGGGCGGAGGGUGUGCACACAUCUGCACGGCUGGUGGUCACUGAGCUGCCUGUGAAGUUCAGCCGCCCUCUGCAGGACGUGGUGGCCACGGAAAAGGACAAGGUGGUCCUGGACUGUGAGCUCUCACGCCCCAAUGUGGAUGUGCGCUGGUUGAAGGACGGUGUGGAGCUGCGGGGGAGCAAGACGGUGGGCAUGGGGGCCCAGGGGGCCUGCAGGAGUCUCGUCAUUUACCGAUGUGAGCUUGGGGACCAGGGCGUGUACGUGUGUGAUGCCCACGAUGCUCAGAGCUCGGCCUCCCUGAAGGUGCAAGGCCGAAAUGUCCAGAUCGUGAGGCCUCUGGAGGAUGUGGAAGUGAUGGAGAGGGAGGGUGCCACCUUCUCCUGCGAGGUCUCCCACGAUGAGGUGCCUGCCCAGUGGUUCCGGGAGGGCAGCAAGCUUCGGCCCAGUGACAAUGUGCGGAUCCGCCAGGAAGGAAGGACAUACACUCUCAUCUAUCGGAGGGUCCUGGUGGAAGAUGCAGGGGAAAUCAAAUUUGUAGCACAACGGGCAGAAUCACGAGCCCAGCUCCGAGUAAAAGAGCUGCCAGUAUCCAUCCUGCGCCCGCUGCGGGACAAGAUCGCAAUAGAGAAGCACCGCGGUGUGCUCGAGUGCCAGAUGUCGAGGGCCAGUGCCCGGGUGCGCUGGUUCAAGGGCAGCGUGGAACUGCAGCCUGGGGCCAAGUAUGAGAUGGUCAGUGACGGCCUCUACCGCCAGCUAGUCAUCAACGCUGUCCAGCCUGAGGACGAGGACACUUAUACCUGUGAUGCUGGCGAUGUUAAGACCAGUGCCCAGUUCUUUGUGGAAGAGAAAUCCAUCACUAUCGUGCGGGGCCUGCAGGAUGUGACGGUGAUGGAGCCUGCCCCUGCCUGGUUCGAGUGUGAGACCUCCAUCCCCUCGGUGCGGCCGCCUAAGUGGCUCCUGGGGAAGACAGUGCUGCAGGCAGGGGCUGACGUGGGAAUGGAACAGGAGGGCACAGUGCACCGGCUGACGCUGCUGCAUACCUGCUCCACCAUGACCGGGCCAGUGCACUUCACCAUUGGCAAAUCACGCUCCACCGCCUGCCUGGUCGUCUCAGACAUUCCCAUGGUGCUCACGCGGCCACUAGAGCCCAAGGUGGGGCGCGAGCUGCAGUCGGUAGUCCUGUCCUGUGACUUCAAGCCAUCCCCCAAGACCGUGCAGUGGUACAAGGAGGAGACACCCCUGGUGCCAUCUGACAAGUUCAGGAUGAGGCUGGAGGGCCACAUGGCAGAGCUGUGCGUCCUGCGGCUCAGCCCCGCGGAUGCUGGUGUCUACCGCUGCCAGGCCGGCAGUGCCCAGAGCAGCGCUGAGGUCACUGUGGAAGUGCGGGAGGUGACGGUGACGCAGCCACUGCAGGACUUGGAGGUCACGGAGGAGGGCUGUGCCUGCUUCUCCUGCGAGCUGUCCCACGAGGACGAGGAGGUGGAGUGGUCGCUCAAUGGGACGCCACUGUAUAACGACAGCUUACACGAGAUUACCCAUGAGGGCCGCCGCCACACGCUGGUGCUGAAGCAGGUCCAACGGGCUGACACGGGCACCGUAUGCGCCUCCUCGCCCAAGGUUAUGGCCUCGGCCCACCUGGAGGUCAAAGGGAAGCCAGUGGUGUUCCUGAAGGCGUUGGACGACGUGUCCGUGGAGGAGUGGGGCACGCUGGCCUUGCGGUGCGAGGUCUCUGACCACCAGGCUCGUGUGGUGUGGCGAAAGGAUGGCAUGGAGUUGGGCCCCAGUGACAAGUAUGAAUUCCUGUACACAGCGGGCACUCGGGGACUCACGGUGCACAACCUGAGCAGGGACGAUGCUGGCCUAUACACCUGCGACGUGGGCACUGAUGAGACCCGUGCCCAUGUCAGCGUGCACGACCUGCACGUGGGCAUCACCAAGAGGCUGAAGACAGUGGAGGUGACGGAGGGCGAGAGCUGCAGCUUUGAGUGCGUCCUGUCCCAUGAGAACGCUAGCGAUGUUGCUGUGUGGAUGGUUGGUGGGAAAACGGUGGGCAGCUCUGGCCGCUUCCGGGCCACACGCCAGGGCCGCAAGUAUACGCUGGCCGUCCGAGAUGCUCUGCUGAGUGACGCCGGGGAGGUGGUCUUCUCUGUGCGGGGCCUCACCUCCAAGGCCUCGCUCAUCAUCAGAGAGAGGCCAGUUGACAUUACGAAGCCACUGGAAGACCAGAGGACCAUGCUGGGUGAGGAUGUGGUGCUGAGGUGUGAGCUGUCACGGGAGGGGACCCCAGUGCGCUGGCUGAAGGAUGGGAAAGCCAUUCGUAAGAGUCGGAAGUAUGAGCUUCUCAUCGAAGGCACUCGAGCCAUGCUGGUCAUCCAUGCAGCCUCACUCAAAGAUUCUGGCGAGUACACGUGUGAGACGGAGUCUUCCAAAAGCACAGCCAGCCUCCGAGUGGAAGAAAAGCCAAACCGGUUCACGGAGGAGCUGGCUGACCUGCAGGUAGAGGAGAAGGGCACAGCUGUGUUUGCCUGCAAGACGGAGCGCCCCGCGGCCUCAGUGACCUGGCGCAAGGGCCUCACAGAGCUGCAAACCUCGGAGAAGCAUGCUCCCAGCCAGGAGGGCGUGACCUUGAGGCUCACCAUCAGCGCCCUGGAGAAGGCGGACAGUGACACUUACACCUGUGACAUUGGCCAGGCCCAGUCCCAGGCUCGGCUCCUGGUGAAAGGCCAGAAAGUGCUCAUCACGGAGGACCUGAAGGACUUGGAGGUGCAGGAGGGCUCCUCGGCCACCUUCUGCUGCCGUAUCUCCCCUGCCGACUACAAGCCCGUCCACUGGUUCUUGGACAAAACCCCACUGUCUGCCAGCAAACUCAGUGAGAUCAAGGUCCAGCCAGGUGGCUACCAUGUGCUCACCCUGCGGCAGCUGGCCCUCAAGGACUCAGGCACCAUCCAUUUUGAGGCAGGCGACCAGCGGACCUCAGCUGCCUUGCAGGUCAUAGAGAAGCCAGGUGUUUUCUCCCGGGAGCUCACAGAUGCCACAGUCAUGGAGGGGGAAGAUCUGACCCUGGUCUGUGAGACUGCUGCUUUAGACAACCCUGUGUGCUGGACCAAGGACGGGAAGGCCCUGCGGCCGUCGGCCCGGUGCCGUCUGAGCUAUGAGGGCCGCCGAGCCCAACUGGUCAUCACUGACACCACCCUUCAGGACGGUGGGCGCUACAAGUGUGAGGCUGGCGGUGCCUGGAGCAGCUCCGUUGUCAGGGUCCAUGCUCAGCCAGUGCGGUUCGAAGAGGGGCUGAAGGACGUGGAGGUACUGGAGGGUGGUGCUGCCACACUACACUGCAUGCUGUCAUCGGUGGCCAUGCCCGUGGAGUGGCGUCGUGGAGAUGAGGUUGUGCAGCCUGGAGGCAAGUACAGCCUGCGGCAGGAGGGUACCAUGCUGGAACUGCUCAUCCGGGACCUGCGGCCUCAGGACAGCGGGCAGUACUCCUGCUGCUUCAGGGACCAGAUAACAUCGGCCAGGCUUACCGUACAGGCCCUACCUGCUGAGUUCAUAGGAAGAUUGAGAAGCAAGGAGGCCACGGAAGGGACCACGGCCACGCUGCACUGUGAGCUGAGCAAGGCAGCCCCUGUGGAGUGGAGGAAGGGGCCUGAGACCCUCAGAGCUGGAGACAGAGUGAGCCUGAGGCAGGAUGGAACCGUGUGUGAGCUGGAGAUCCGUGGCCUGACCGUGGAGGAUGCUGGGGAGUACUCGUGUGUGUGCGGGCAGGAGAAGACAUCAGCCACGCUCACCGUCAGGGGCCUGCCUGCCAAGUUCACAAAGGGUCUGAGGAAGGAAGAGGCCAUGGAAGGGGCCACGGCCAUGCUGCGCUGUGAGCUGAGCAAGGCAGCCCCCGUGGAAUGGAGGAAGGGGCCCGAGACCCUCAGAGCUGGAGACAGAGUGAGCCUGAGACAGGACGGAGCCGUGUGUGAGCUGGAGAUCCGUGACCUGGUUGUGGCAGAUGCCGGGGAGUACUUGUGCGUGUGCGGGCAGGAGAGAACAGCGGCCAGGCUGACUGUCAGGGCCCUGCCCACCAAAUUCACAAAGGGUCUGAGGAAGGAGGAGGCCACAGAAGGGACCACGGCCACACUGCGCUGUGAGCUGAGCAAGACGGCCCCCGUGGAGUGGAGGAAGGGGCCCGAGAUCCUCAGAGCCGGGGACAGAGUGAGCCUGAAGCAGGACGGGGCCGUGUGUGAGCUGGAGAUCCGUGGCCUGGCUGUGGCGGACACUGGGGAGUACUCGUGUGUGUGCGGGCAGGAGAGGACCUCAGCCACGCUCACUGUCAGGGCCCUGCCUGCCAAGUUCACAAAGGGUCUGAAGAAUGAAGAAGCCAUGGAAGGGGCUACAGCCACCCUGCGCUGUGAGCUGAGCAAGGCGGCCCCUGUGGAGUGGAGGAAGGGGCCCGAGACCCUCAAACCUGGGGACAGAGUGAGCCUGAAGCAGGAUGGGGCCAAGUGUGAGCUGCAGAUACAUGGCCUGGUUGUGGCGGACUCCGGGGAGUACUCGUGUGUGUGCGGGCAGGAGAGGACUUCUGCCACACUGGCCAUCAGGGCCCUACCUGCUCGGUUCAUCCAAGAUCUGAAGACCAAGGAGGCCACAGAAGGGGCCACUGCCAUACUGCACUGUGAGCUGAGCAAGGAAGCCCCGGUGGAGUGGAGGAAGGGGCCCAAGGCCCUCAGAGCUGGGGACAGAGUGAGGCUGAGGCAGGACGGAGCCAUGUGUGAGAUGGAGAUCUGUGGCCUGGUUGUGGCAGAUGCUGGGGAGUACUCAUGCGUGUGUGGGCAGGAGAAAACCUCAGCCAUGCUCACCAUCAGGGCCCUACCUGCUGAGUUCAUAGGAAGACUGAGAAGCAAGGAGGCCACAGAAGGGACCACAGCCAUGCUGCACUGUGAGCUGAGCAAGGAAGCUGCUGUGGAGUGGAAGAAGGGACCUGAGACCCUCAGAGCUGGAGACAGAGUGAGCCUGAGGCAGGACGGAGCCGUGUGUGAGCUGGAGAUCCGUGGCCUGACCGUGGAGGAUGCUGGGGAGUACUCGUGCAUAUGCGGGCAGGAGAGGACAUCAGCCACACUCACCGUCAGGGGCCUUCCUGCCAAGUUCACAAAGGGUCUGAGGAAGGAAGAGGCCACGGAAGGGGCCAUGGUCAUGCUGCACUGUGAACUGAGUAAGGCAGCCCCCGUGGAAUGGAGGAAGGGGCCUGAGACCCUCAGAGCCGGGGACAGAGUGAGCCUGAGGCAGGACGGGGCCAUGUGUGAGCUGGAGAUCCGUGGCCUGACUGUGGAGGAUGCUGGGGAGUACUCGUGUGUGUGCGGGCAGGAGAAGACAUCAGCCACGCUCACCGUCAGGGGCCUGCCUGCCAAGUUCACAAAGGGUCUGAGGAAGGAAGAGGCCAUGGAAGGGGCCACGGCCAUGCUGCACUGUGAGCUGAGCAAGGCAGCUCCUGUGGAGUGGAGGAAGGGGCCCGAGACCCUCAGAGCUGGAGACAGAGUGAGCCUGAGGCAGGACGGGGCCGUGUGUGAGCUGGAGAUCCAUGGCCUGGUUGUGGCAGAUGCCGGGGAGUACUCGUGUGUGUGUGGUCAGGAAAAAACCUCAGCCACGCUCACUAUCAGGGCUCUACCUACUGAGUUCAUAAGAAGAUUGAGUAGCAAGGAGGCCACAGAAGGCACCACGGCCACGCUGCACUGUGAGCUGAGCAAGGAAGCUGCUGUGGAGUGGAAGAAGGGACCUGAGACCCUCAGAGCUGGAGACAGAGUGAGCCUGAGGCAGGACGGAGCUGUGUGUGAGCUGGAGAUCCGUGGCCUGACCGUGGAGGAUGCUGGGGAGUACUCGUGUGUGUGUGGGCAGGAGAAGACAUCAGCCACGCUCACCGUCAGGGGCCUGCCUGCCAAGUUCACAAAGGGUAUGAAGAAGGAAGAGGCCAUGGAAGGGGCCACAGCCACGCUGCACUGUGAGCUGAACAAGGCAGCCCCUGUGGAGUGGAGGAAGGGUCCUGAGACCCUCAGAGCCAGGGACAGAGUGAGCCUGAGGCAGGACGGGGCCGUGUGUGAGCUGGAGAUCCGUGACCUAGUUGUGGCAGAUGCCGGGGAGUACUCGUGUGUGUGUGGUCAGGAGAAAACCUCAUCCACACUCACUGUCAGGGCCCUUCCCACCAAGUUCACAAAGGGUCUGAGGAAGGAGGAGGCCAUAGAAGGGGCCACGGCCACACUGCACUGCGAGCUGAGCAAGGCAGCCCCUGUGGAGUGGAGGAAGGGGCCUGAGACCCUCAGAGCUGGAGACAGAGUGAUCCUGAGGCAGGAUGGAGCUGUGUGUGAGCUGGAGAUCCGUGGCCUGACCGUGGAGGAUGCUGGGAAGUACUCGUGUGUGUGCGGGCAGGAGAGGACAUCAGCCACGCUCACCGUCAGGGGCCUGCCUGCCAAGUUCACAAAGGGUCUGAGGAAGGAAGAGGCCAUGGAAGGGGCCACGGCCAUGAUGCGCUGUGAGCUGAGCAAGGCAGCCCCUGUGGAGUGGAGGAAGGGGCCCGAGACCCUCAGAGCUGGAGACAGAGUGAGCCUGAGGCAGGAUGGAGCCGUGUGUGAGCUGGAGAUCCGUGGCCUGACCGUGGAGGAUGCUGGGGAGUACGCGUGUGUGUGUGGGCAGGAGAAGACAUCAGCCACGCUCACUGUCAGGGGCCUUCCUGCCAAGUUCACAAAGGGUCUGAGGGAGGAAGAGGCCACGGAAGGGGCCAAGGUCAUGCUGCACUGUGAACUGAGUAAGGCAGCCCCCGUGGAAUGGAGGAAGGGGCCUGAGACCCUCAGUGCUGGAGACAGAGUGAGCCUGAGGCAGGACGGGGCCGUGUGUGAGCUGGAGAUUCAUGGCCUGGUUAUGGCGGAUGCCGGGGAGUACUCUUGUGUGUGCGGGCAGGAGAGGACCUCUGCCACGCUGACCAUUAGGGCCCCACAGGUGGUGUUCAGGAGGCCACUGCAGGGCCUUCAGGCUGAGGAGGGCACCUCAGCCAGCCUGCGGUGUGAGCUGUCUGAGCCCAGCGCCACUGUGGUCUGGAGUAAGGGUGGCCUGGAGCUGCAGGCUGACGAGCGCUGGGAGCCACAGCAGCGGGGCCACGUGGCGGAGCUGGUGUUUCGGGACUUGCGCCGGGAGGACACCGGGGAAUACGCCUGCACCUGCGGCUCCCAGGCCACCAGUGCCACCCUCACCGUCACAGUUGCACCCGUGAGGUUCCUUCGGGAGCUGCAGGCCCAGGAGGUAGACGAGGGUGCAACGGCACACCUGCGCUGUGAACUGAGCCGGGCAGGUGCCAGCGUGGAGUGGCGCAAGGGCUACCUGCAGCUCUUCCCCUGUGCCAAGUACCAGAUGGUGCUGGAGGGCACAGCCGCUGAGCUGCUGGUGCACGGUGCUGAGCAGGAAGAUGCCGGCCCCUACACCUGCGACACAGGCCACGCACAGAGCACUGCCAGCCUCUCUGUCCGCGCCCCUAGGCCCACGUUUAAGACGGAGCUGCAGAGUGCAGAGCAGGAGGCGGGUGGUGUGGCCCGGCUGUGCUGCCAGCUGAGUGACUCAGAGCCUGGGGCCCCCGUGCUGUGGCUCAAGGAGGGUGUGGAACUGCAAGGGAGUCCCAAGUAUGAGAUGCGACGCAAGGGGGCCACGUGUGAGCUGCUGAUCCACGGACUUGAGGCCAAGGACACGGGCGAGUACACCUGCAUGGUGGGCAGCCAGAAAACCUUGGCCUCCCUCACAGUCAAAGAGCCCGAGGUGACCAUUGUGCGGGGCCUGGUUGACACCGAGGUGCAGGCCGACGGGGAAGCAGAGUUCAGCUGUGAAGUGUCGCGGGCUGGGUUCGUGGAUGUGGAGUGGCGCCUCCAGGGCCUGCCACUGCAGAGCAGUGAGGUGACAGAAGUGGCCGUGCGGGGGGGCCGCACCCACACACUGCGGCUGAAGAGCGUGACUCCCGAGGAUGCGGGCACUGUCUCCUUCCGCGUGGGCCUCCACACGUCCUCUGCCCAGCUCACCGUCACAGCCCCUGAGGUGACCAUCCUGGAGUCCCUGCAGGAUGUGCAGCUCAGCGAGGGCCAGGACGCCCACUUCCAGUGCCGACUGUCAAGGGCCUUGGGCCAGGAGGCCCACUGGGCCCUGGGAGGGGUGCCCCUGCAGGCCAACGAGAUGAACGACAUCACGGUGGAGCAUGGCACACUCCACUUGCUCACCCUGCACAAGGUGACCCCUGAAGAUGCCGGAACCAUCAGUUUCCAAGUGGGCUCAUGUCGCUCAGAGGCCCAGCUGAAGGUCACAGCCAAGAACACCGUGGUGAGAGGCCUGGAAAACGUGGAGGCACCUGAGGGCGGUGAGGCGCUGUUCGAGUGCCUCCUGUCCCAGCCGGAGGUGGCCGCCCACACCUGGCUGCUGGAUGAUGAGCCGGUGCGCACCUCUGAGAACGCUGAGGUGGUUUACUUUGAGAACGGCCUGCGGCACCUGCUGCUGCUCAAAAACCUGCGGCCUCGAGACAGCUGCCGGGUGACCUUCCUGGCGGGGGACGUGGUGACAUCUGCCUUCCUCACAGUCCGGGGCUGGCGCUUGGAGGUCUUGGAGGCACCCCGGGACGCAGCCGUGCUGGCCGGGGGGCGGGCCAGCUUCAGCUGCACGCUCAGCGAGACAGUGCCGGUGGGUGAGGCGACCUGGUACAUAAACGGAGCCUCGGUGCAGCCUGACGAUGCAGACUGGACAGUCACCGCCGAAGGCAGCCACCACACCCUGCUGCUGCACCGGGCCUGGCUGCACCACGCCGGCGAGGUCACCUUCGCCGCCCGUGAUGCCGUGGCCUCUGCGAGGCUCACUGUGCUGGGCCUCCCCGAUCCCCCAGAGGACGCCGAGGUGGUGGGGCGCAGUGGCAGCUCCGUGACACUGUCUUGGGUGGCUCCCACGAAUGACGGCGGAGGCGGUCUCUGUGGCUAUCGGGUAGAGGUGAAGGCAGCGGCCACAGGAGAGUGGCAGCUGUGCCACGAGCUGGUGCCCGGGCCCGAGUGCCUGGUGGAUGGCCUGGUCCCCGGGGAGACCUACCGCUUCCGUGUGGCUGCAGUGGGCGCGGCAGGCGCUGGGGAGCCUGUGUACCUGCCCCAGACAGUGAGGCUUGCAGAGCCCCGGGAGCCCACGCCUGCACCCCCUGCCCCUGAGAGCCGGCAGGUGGCAGCUGGGGAGGACUUGUGUCUGGAGUGUGAGGUGGCCGAGGCUGGUGAGGUCAUCUGGCUGAAGGGAACAGAGCGCAUCCAGCCCAGUGGGCGCUUCCAGCUUCUCAGCCGGGGUCGGCAGCAGACGCUGUUGAUUCGGGACUUCUCAGAGGAGGACCAGGGCGAGUAUCGCUGCGCCCCUGCACGGGACCCUGUCUCUGUGGCGGCUGCUGCCUUCCAGGUGGUGCUGACCCCAGAAUCUGGAGAUGAGGUCCCCACACAGCCCAGCCUGCCCCCUGAGGCGGCCCAGGAAGGCGACCUGCAUCUCCUGUGGGAGGCCCUGGCCCGGAAGCGCCGCAUGAGCCGAGAGCCUACGCUGGACUCCAUCAGCGAGCUGCCCGAGGAGGACGGACGCCCGCAGCGCCUGCGGCAGGAGGUAGAGCCGGAGGCUCCCGACCUCUCUGAGGACUCUUCCACGGCUGACGAGCUGGCACGCACCGGCGAGGCUGACCUCUCACACACCAGCUCUGACGACGAGUCCCGUGCGGGCACUCCUUCCCUGGUGACCUACCUCAAGAAGGCUGGGAGGGCCAGUGCCUCACCACUGGCCAGCAAGGUUGAGGCCCCAGCCGCCCCUUCUGGGAAGCCACAAAAGCAGCAGGAGAAGCCAGCUUCAGUACCCCCACCACCAGGAGACCUGAGCGUUGGGGACUUGGGUGACCUAUCCGUGGACAAGGCAGCAGUGAAGAUCCAGGCUGCCUUCAAGGGUUAUAAGGUCCGGAAGGAGAUACAGCAGCAGGAGGGACCUGUGUUCUGCCACACGUUUGGGGACACCGUGGCACAGGUGGGAGAUGUCCUGCGUCUGGAGUGUGUAGUGUCCAGCAAGACAGAUGUGCGUGCCCACUGGCUGAAGGACGGUGUGCAGCUGACUGAUGGCCGGCACCACCACAUUGACCAGCUUGGGGAUGGCACCUGCUCUCUGCUGGUCACUAGCCUGGGCCGGGCCGACGCUGGCCACUAUACCUGUCAGGUGAGCAACAAGUUUGGCCGUGUGGCCCACAGUGCCUGUGUGGUGGUCAGUGGGAUGGAGAGUGAGACCGAGAGUUCCUCCGGGAGUGAGCUGGAUGACAACUUCCGCCGGGCCGCCCGGCGGCUGCACCGCCUGUUCCGCACCAAGGGCCCAGCAGAGGUUUCAGACGAGGAGAUCUUCAGCGCUGACAAGGGCAAGGCAGAGCCCGAGGAGCCUGGGGACUGGCAGACAUACCGCGAAGAUGAACAGUCCAUCUGCAUCCGCUUCGAGACGCUUGCCGAGGCCCGCCGGGCAGCCACCUGCUUCCGGGACAUGUUUGGCACGCUGGACAACAGAGUGGACAUCAGCCUGUCAGAGCAGGGGCUGCAUGGGGUGGAGAUGCGCAUUGGCAAGGUGGCCCCCACCCCUGCAGCGCCUCCGGAGCCAGUACUGGCCGCAGAGGCAGCCCCGGUGUUCCUGACCGAGCUACAGAAUCAGGAGGUGCUGGAUGGGUACCCCGUGAGCUUUGACUGUGUGGUGACAGGCCAGCCCGUGCCCAGUGUGCGCUGGUUCAAGGACGGGAGGGUGCUGGAGGAGAAUGACCACUACAUGAUCAGUGAGGACCAGCAGGGCGGCCACCAGCUCAUCAUCACAGCUGUGGUGCCAGCAGACAUGGGUGUCUACCGCUGCCUGGCUGAGAACAGCGUGGGUGUGUCCUCUACCAAAGCGGAGCUCCGCGUGGACCUGACCAGCACCGACUACGAAACUGCUGUGGAUGCCACGGAAACCUCAUCCUAUUUCAGCGCCCAAGGCUACCUGUCCAGCUGGGAGCAGGAGGGCACGGAGUCUACCCCAGAGGAGGGGCAGCUGCCGCAGGUCGUGGAGGACCUGAAAGACCUCCAGGUGGCCCCCGGCACGCGUCUGGCCAAGUUCCAGCUCAAGGUGAAAGGCUACCCCACGCCUCGACUGUACUGGUUCAAAGAUGGGCAGCCCCUGACUGCAUCUGCACACAUUUGCAUGACGGACAGGAAGACACUGCACACCCUGGAGAUUGUCUCUGUCACCAGCGAGGAUGCUGGCCAGUACUCGGCCUACAUCAGCAACACCGUGGGUGCUGCUUAUUCGUCUGCUCGGCUGCUGGUCCGAGGCCCCAAUGAACCAGAAGAGAAGCCAGCAUUCGAUGUGCACCAACAGCUGGUGCCACCCCGAUUCCUGGAGAAGUUCACCUCCAAGAAGGUGAAGAAGGGCUCCAGCAUCACCUUCUCAGUGAAGGUUGAAGGAGACCCGCUCCCAGCUGUGCAUUGGCUGCGGGAGGAGGCUGAGCAGGGUGUCCUGUGGAUCGGCUGCCACACGCCGGGCUACACGGUGGCCAGCUCUGCCCAGCAGCACAGCCUGGUCCUUCUGGAUGUGGACCGACAGCACCAGGGCACCUACACCUGCAUCGCCACAAACACUGCUGGCCAAGCCCUCUGUUCCGCAAGCUUGCACGUCUCUGGCUUACCUAAGGAGGCUGGGGCAGCAGAGGAGCAGGCCGGGGUGAAGGAGGCCCUCAUCUCCACCUUCCUGCAGGGGACCCAAGUCGUUUCUGAACAGAUGUCGCAACCUUCAGGUUUCACUGACCUCGCUGGGCAGAGGAAAGGAGAGCUUCCGUCAUCAGAGGCCUGCGGCCACCUGUCCUUGGCUGAGGUGGGCACGGAGGAGUUCCUGAAGAAGCUCACGUCGCAGAUCACAGAGAUGGUGUCGGCCAAGAUCACACAGGCCACGCUGCAGGUGCCUGGAGGUGACAGCGAUGAGGAGUCCAAGACGCCGUCCGCAUCCCCCCGGCAUGGCCGGUCACGCCCCUCUUCCAGCGUCCAGGAGUCAUCCUCAGAGUCCGAGGAUGGAGACUACCGGGGAGAGAUCUUUGACAUUUAUGUGGUCACGGCUGACUACCUGCCCCUGGGGGCUGAGCAGGACGCCAUCUCGCUGCGGGAGGGCCAGUACGUGGAGGUACUGGACUCGGCGCACCCGCUGCGCUGGCUCGUGCGUACCAAACCCACCAAGUCCAGCCUCUCUCGGCAAGGCUGGGUGUCUCCUGCCUACCUGGACAAGCGGCUCAAGCUGUCACCUGAGUGGGGGCCAGCUGAGGCCCCUGAGUUCCCCGGGGAGGCUAUGUCGGAGGAUGAGUACAAGACGAGGCUGAGCUCCAUCAUCCAGGAGCUGCUGAGCUCAGAGCAGGCCUUUGUGGGCAAGCUGCAGUUCCUGCAGAACCACCACAUGCAGUACCUGGACCACUGCCCCCACGUGCCCACGGCCGUGGCCAGCCAGAAAGCAGUCAUCUUUCGAAAUGUGCAGGACAUCAGUCACUUCCAUAGCAGCUUCUCACAGGAGCUGCAUAGCUGUGACACGGAUGACGACGUGGCCAUGUGCUUCAUCAAGAACCAGGCAGCCUUUGAGAAGUAUCUGGAGUUCCUGGUGGGCCGAGUGCAGGCUGAGUCGGUGAUGGUCAGCACGGCCGUGCAGGAGUUCUAUAAGAAAUACACUGAGGAGGUGCUGUCAGCCGCAGAUCCUUCGCAGCCACCCCCGCCGUCCCUGCAGCACUUCCUGGAGCAGCCGGUGGAACGAGUCCAGCAGUACCAGGCCCUCCUCAAAGAGCUGAUCCGCAACAAGGCGCGGAAUGGACAGAACUGUGCACUGCUGGAGCAGGCCUACGCAGUGGUGUCGGCCCUGCCGCAGCGUGCCGAGAACCAGCUGCACGUGUCGCUCAUGGAGAACUACCCGGGCACCCUGGAGGCUCUAGGCGAGCCCAUCCGCCAGGGCCACUUCAUUGUGUGGGAGGGGACACCGGGUGCACGGAUGCCGUGGAAGGGCCACCACCGGCAUGUCUUCCUGUUCCGCCACCACCUGGUGGUCUGCAAGCCCAAGCGGGACUCGCGCACUGACACCUUCAGCUACGUCUUCCGGAACAUGAUGAAGCUGAGCAGCAUCGACCUGAACGACAAGGUGGAGGGCGAUGACCGUGCCUUCGAGGUUUGGCACGAGCGGGAGGACUCAGUACGCAAGUACCUGCUGCAGGCGCGGACAGUCAUCACCAAGAACUCCUGGGUGAAGGAGAUCUGUGGCAUCCAGCAGCGCCUGGCCCUGCCCGUGUGGCGCCCCCCGGAAUUUGAAGAGGAGCUGGCCGACUGCACGGCUGAGCUGGGCGAGACAGUCAAACUAGCCUGCCGUGUGACGGGCACACCCAAGCCCAUUGUGAGCUGGUACAAAGAUGGGAAGCCAGUGGACGUGGACCCUCAUCACAUCCUCAUUGAAGACCCUGAUGGCUCAUGUGCCCUCAUCCUGGACAACCUGACUGGUGUCGACUCUGGCCAGUACAUGUGCUUUGCAGCCAGUGCUGCUGGCAAUGCCAGCUCCCUGGGCAAGAUCUUGGUGCAAGUCCCGCCUCGGUUUGUGAACAAGGUCCGGGCAGUGCCCUUUGUGGAAGGAGAAGAUGCCCAGAUCACCUGCACCAUCGAAGGUGUCCCACACCCUCAGAUCAGGUGGUACAAGGAUGGGGCCCUGCUGACCCCUGGGGGCAAAUACCAGAGCCUGAGUGAGCCCCGCAGCGGCCUGCUGGUGUUGGAGAUCCGGGCAGCUGGCAAGGAGGACCUGGGCCUCUAUGAGUGUGAGUUGGUGAACCGGCUGGGCUCCAAACGGGGCGGCGCGGAGCUGUUCAUGCAGAGCCCGGCGCUGCAGGCCCGAGAACAGCACCACGUGGAGCAGCUCGCUGCCGUGGAAGUCACUGAGCAGGAGACUAAAGUCCCCAAGAAAACCGUCAUCAUAGAGGAGACGAUUACCACUGUGGUGAAGAGCCCCCGUGGCCGACGCCAGUCCCCCAGCAAGUCUCCCUCCCACUCCUAUCACCCUGCCAGCCUGCCCAAGCCAGGCCUGUUGGCCCCUGAGCUGCUGCCCUCGCCAGGAGCCAGCCAAUCCUGCAGGCCCGAGGCAGAGCCAGGCUGGAGGCCCACUGUGCCCACUCUGUACGUGACGGAGCCCGAGGCCCACGUGUCAGCCCUGCCUGGGGACGCUGGGCCCCAGCCCAAAUGGGUGGAGGUCGAGGAGACCAUUGAAGUUCGGGUGAAGAAGACUGGCUCAACGGGCGCGUCUCUGGCCAGAGAGACGCCUGGCAGCUCGGAGGGGCUUCUCUCCACACUGCCUGGCAGGAUGCCUGGAGGAGACCCCAAUACAAACAACUCCAACAACAAGCUGUUGACCCAGGAGCCCCCAGCCAUGGCCAGUGUUGGCGAGCCCCUAGCCUUCCAUGUGGAAACGGGGCCAGAGACCCCUGAGCUUUCCCCUCCCUGGGCUGCUGAAGAGGAGGCACCCCUGGAGGAGACAGAGGAAAGAGGUACCUACCAGAUAGAAGAGCCCCUGAGUGCCGACGGUCUUCAGGGCCGGGACCCCAAGAUCCUCACACACAACGGCCGUGCACUCACACUGGCUGACCUGGAGGAUUACGUGCCCCAGGAAGGGGAGACCUUUGGCUGCAGCGGCCCCAUGCCCAGUGCUUCCGAUGACCCGCCCUGCGAAAUCUCAGUGCUUCAGAGAGAGAUCAGCGAGCCCACCGUGGGGCAGCCCGUCCUGCUCAACGUGGGGCUCCCACCAGGUUCCCAAACCUCCCCUGGCUUCUUCACACGUACGCCCAGCUCCCGGGAGGCGUUUCCAUCAGGGCCGCAGGACCUUGGCCCCAGGGGCAUCUCCUUCUGCUUUCAGGAGGCCCGGGCUGGAGGUAUCAUGUCCCGGAAGCCGUCCUUCUGCACUCAGGUUCAGCGCUCUGUGGACAGUGGCCAGAGCAGCUUCAAAACGGAGGUUUCCACCCAGACGGUCAGCUUUGGGACAGUGGGGGAGACUGUCACCCUGCACAUUUGCCCGGAUGAGGACGUGGACCCUAGCCCCUCCCAGGGCUGAGGCCAGGACCAUCAGGAGCUGGGUGGCUAGGAUUGAGACGAGAAACUCUUGGGGCUGGGACAUCCCUGACUAAGCUGCCGUGGUUGCAUGGGGCAGCAGAAAGAGGCAAAUGGCUUUGGGGCCGAGGACCCUGCCUGGCACCAGCAUCAACUCACCUCACAGCUGCCCUGGGUUUUCAACUCAGGAGAGAGUCCCAGAGCUGGCACCCCUCGGACACGUGUGCUCUGACCCUGCCCUGGCUCUCCAACAACUCAGGACGCCUCCCUCCCCUUCCUCCCUGGGUGCUUCCUACCUCACAGGACUCGGUCUUCAGCUGAGGACAUUGCACACAUCUGUGAUCUCAGAGUGUACCGAAGCUGCUCUGAGAGCACUGGCCGGAGUGACUCGCAGACUGCAGCUCUGGGUUCGGGGGCUCCAGACACAGGGAAGGCACUUGGGCAUCUUUCCUGCUCCGUUCAUGAGGCAGUGGCUGCCACAUGGGCCCUGUCUGCCCAGUGGCCAGGCCUGGCACAGCCCUGCCUCUCACCCAGGCUGGGGGUUCCAGCCUCCCUCUCGAUAGGGGGCUUCCCCCAAGCCACAUCUCACCCGUGAACGUUUUUUCUUGGCCUCCAGGAGGCCUGUGUGGGGCCCAGCUCUACAGACCCUCCUAGGCCUUUUCUACAGGGUGGACCAGGGUCUCUGUGUGGGAGCAGCCCCCGUCAGUCGGCCCUGAUGAUGCUAAUAAACUGGUUCCUUGCACUG